AUGGGGUACACUAUCAAACAAAAGAUUGAAAUUUGUCUCAAAGCGGAAUCAAAUCCCCAGAUGACGCAGUCUGAUCUUGCAGUAUGGGCAAUGCAUGAAUACGGACUGGCAAAACCGCCGUCUCAGACUACAAUCUCGCGCAUACUAAGUUCAAAAAACGAUAUAAUUGCUUCAAAGGAAGAUGAUUUCAAAUUGGUGCGUCGGAGAAAACAGACAAACCCCUUGUUGCGCAAAAUCUUAACCGAAUGGAUCACGCAAGCGACGUGGGAAAAUAUCCCCAUUACCACUCCCAUAAUACAACUGACAGCACAUGCUAUAUGGACAAGAUUGCCCAAGCUGGAAAAAUCGGGAAAUGGCGUGUUUAACCAAAAGUGGUGCGCCCAUUUCAUGAAGAAGUUGAAUAUAAAUAUAACGGGAAAUGAAGCAGAUAUCAAGCAGAAUUUUGGAUACAAGUUGAAUAAAGUUUGGAUGUUGGAUGAGAAAGUGGAGCUAAAGACUUAUUUGGAUAACUUGAUUCGACAGGAUGACUACUCGCCGCAAGACAUUUUUGUAAUUGAUGAAUUUCAAUUGUUCUAUUCACUUCCCUUGGAUCAGAUAUUUGAUGUUAGCUCAGUUGAUAAAGGACUACAGCAGUCGCACUCAUCCAAUGAAUAUUCAUUAACUGCCUUGCUAGGGUGUAAUAUUGACGGUCUGGAGAAGCUAUUACCGUUGAUCGUGGGGAAAUACGACAAGUUUGACGUCUCAAAGAGCUCAUUUACUAAUUUGCAAACUGUAUCGUGUGACAACACAUCUCAUCAUAACUUGAUGAACAAAAUAACCCAAAUGUAUAAUAUAUCGUACAAAGCAAAUACCAACAAAUGGGUUACAUCACUGAUGUUUCAAAACUAUAUUUUAUCCCUUGAUCACAAAAUCCACAGCUUGACUCCUCAUAGGAAAAUAUUGAUUAUCUUGGAUGAUUGCUCGAGUCAUCGAUUAAUUAAUAUCCAGUUUCAGAAUAUCAAACUUGUGUACUUGAAGAAUGAAAACUGUCAUAAAAAUCCAUACAAUACAUCAUAUGGGUCGGUCAAAUUCGACUACUUGCCGAUGAACUUUGGCAUUAUUGAAGAGUUCAAGAUCCUUUAUCGUAUCCAACAAUACACUGAAAUGAUCAAGUUGCAACGUAACAAGUCUUUGGGAAAUCGGACAAAGCAAAAAUCAAUGAGAAACUCUGCUGCUUCUCCGUUGGGUUUAAACUACGAUAUGGCUAACACUUCGCCUGCACUUGAGGUAUUGGCUGAGCAGGACUACCAUAUCCCAAUGAUUAAAGUUAUUGAAUGGGUAACCAAAGCAUGGUCUUUGGUUUCACCCGAGCGUAUAUUCCAAUCAUGGAAAAAAACUCGAUUAUUGCCAUUGAAUCCAAAUCAAGAAUGGCCCAAUUCGCAAUCGAGGUAUAUAACCAAUGAGAUUUUCCAACCUUUGAAUAGGAGACUCAAUUCAUUUGAUGAUACAAGGAGCUAUAAGGAAUUGGAAGAAAUUAUGGGACAUUUGAAUGUUGUUAUACCUUGGGAAAUUGAAGAGUUGGUGGGGUUGGUGAAUGAGAGGGGGAAAAUCACUUUAAACUAUGCUUCAAUUGAAGAAAUUAUUGGCAGCUGUCUACUGGAAUCGAUUGAAGAUGAUGGUCCUAGCGAUGACGAAGAAAACCACGAUAUGGACUUAGACAAUGCCGAAGCAGAGUCAAAUGACAAUAGCUCGACACGAUGGUCGAUCAGUGAAAAUGAUCUCAAAGAUGCUAGUAACAUAAUAUUCAACAAAGCCAUCGCCAACACUACUGAUUCAGGUGAUACAAUGAUGAAUGUUGAUUCUAUUUCCACCACAAUGAGAAAUACCCUAGGUUCAAAUGAUGUGCUGAUGGAGUCGGAUCAAGUAUUCAAUCAUGAAGCUAAUAGUAUCGCCACAACCAAUUCUCGGUCGCCUAGCUUUCCUUUUGAAUCACCAGCUACGAGCUCAAAUAAUAAACACAAGUUGGGUCCUUUAGAAAGCUGGGAUAAGAAGAAACAGGCAUCAGCUGUAUUGCUGCUGUCGCAGCAACCGCAACAAAAUAUCAAUCAGCUUUUCGACAACUCGUUUGCUAAUGGUACAGCCUUGAGUAUAUACCAGCAGCAACAUCGGCAACUACAAUCACAAUCACAAUCACAAGCUUUUCCAUCGGGUUCUCAAGUGGAUUAUGACAUGCAGCAGUCUAUAUUAAGACUUAUCAACUAUUCAUCACUCAACUCGAUAAAUUUGUCUCAGUCCACGAUUGAUGAUCUCAAUUACAACUUGAAAAUAAUCCAGUCGAGAUUAUGUCAGUAG